CUUUUCACUUUGUAAAGCUGUUGCAGCGCGACAUGCUGGCUGUGAAAAGGGCCAGUAAAUUGCAAAGCACCAAUUUUUAAAUGGACAUCAGUUUUAACUACAAACCAAGCGACCGACCUGUGCAAACAAAAAUAAUGGGAAUGUCAUAAUCAUCAAUGUUGUUUUAUUUGUAAUUUUUUUUUACAAUUAUUUUUUUUGUACCUCACACCGAGUAAAUCACACAGUGGACAUUGUGGUCAGCGUGCGAAUUUGCGUUGUUCAUAAAUCUUCCAAGUUGGAUAAACUUUUUCCAAACACAAAAGCAGAGUAACGUGGAGACAAGGUUUAGCUGAUGGGGACGUGUAUUUGACUGCGUUUUGUGUGUAUGCAUGUCGCCCCUGCAGAUCAAACCCUGAAUAGUUGACAUGCCACCUGGGAUGGUGUGUGUGUUCUCUUCUCUUUUCUCCAUAUUGUGUUGUUGCGUGGUCACCCAGAGCUCUGCUUCUUCCAGCCAUCACCCCACUUUCUUGCGCAAUGAUACGUACUUUGAGCACCUGGCUUUGCAUCCUGACCCUAAAUUGGGUCGGGUCUAUUUAGGCGCCCGUGAUCGGCUUUACCAGCUUUCUUUCGAUCUUCAGCUUGAGGCAGAGGAAGAGACGGGGCCUGUGAUAGACAGCCGUGACUGCCUGCCCCCAAUUAGUGACACAAAUUGCCCACAGGCAAAAUGGACCAAUAACCACAACAAGCUACUACUCGUGGAUCCUUAUAGUCAGGAGCUCAUCAGUUGUGGAAGUGUUUAUCAAGGAAUAUGUCAGAAACGAAGUUUGGAUUCAGUGGGGAAAGUGCUUUUCUCUGCAGAGAGGCCUGUGGAUACGCAGUAUGUGGCGGCUAAUGACCCCAAUGUCUCUACAGUAGGACUUGUGGCGCUCACUAGAGGCCGUGGGAAACAACAGCCAGUGCUGUUUGUGGGGCGGGGUUACACCAACAGCCAACCCCCAAUAUCUACUCGAAACUUAGUUAUGGAGCCUGUUUUCUCAUAUGAAGAAACUUCAAAGUUAGCGGUGGCUGGGAGACUUUCUGAGUAUGAUCAUCAUUUUGUAACAUCAUUUACCCAUCGCUCGUAUGUCUACUUCAUGUUCUAUCGGAGGGACUUACAGUCACCGUCGAGAGAUUAUCGCACAUAUGUUUCCCGUAUGUGUUUGGAUGAUACUGCAUAUUAUUCAUAUGUAGAAGUUCCAUUAAGCUGCCGUUCAGCUGGAGGAAAGAAUUAUAACCUUCUACAAGCUCUACAUGUAGGCAUACCAAAGUUAGAUAAGGUUAUGGGAAAAGAACGUACAGCUGCUUCGGAACAAGAGGUCCUUUUGGGGGUGUUUUCGAGCCAUUUCGCUUCUUCCAGUCGGCCAAAUGAAGAGUCUGCAGUAUGUGUGUUUUCACUUGAGGAAGUGGAUAAACGUAUUGAUGCUACAAGAGAUCUGUGCUACACUGAAAUGGGUCGUGCAGAUGGACAGGAGGUUGCAUACAUCGAGUAUGAAGUCAAAUCAAACUGUGCCAAUCUUCCAACGAACACUUUGGAUGCUUACCCAUGUGGCUCUGAUCACACCCCUAGUCCAAUGGCAAGCCGGGCGCUUGUGGAAGCUGAGCCAAUAUUUGACAGUCCAUCUGUCCGUCUCACUGCUGUGGCUGUGAGUGUAAGGGAGGAACAUACUAUUGCGUUUCUAGGAGACUCCCAAGGAAACUUACACAAGGUAUUUCUUGGGCCAAACGGUGAGGUGGAAGAAUAUGCAGUAAUCUCCAUCCAUCCCAGUGCACCAAUAAGCAGAGAGCUCAGGCUUGACCGUCAAGAGAACCAUCUAUACAUCUUGACAAGUAACAUGCUAGAGAAGAGGUCUGUAGCAGAGUGUGAAAAGCAUUUGGAUUGUCAGUCCUGCCUGUUGGCUCAUGAUCCAUAUUGUGGCUGGUGUGUUCUGGAGGGGAAGUGUGGGCUUCGUAUCGAGUGUGUGCGUGGGGAUCAGAAAGAUCAGUGGCUUUGGAGCUUUGAUAUAGAGCAACAAUGCCUGAGCGUGACGUUUCUCAAUCCAUCCAACAUCAGCCGAGAGGAGAGGAGAAUUAUCUCUUUAUCCAUCCCUGGUCUUCCCAGUCUGGAACGAGGAGAGCAUUACUCUUGUGUCUUCCAGGACAGGUCAAGUUUAGCUGUUGUCACAGAGAGUGGUGUCACUUGCUCUUCUCCACAUGUAUAUACAUUGCCAUCUGUGUCACCUAGUCAAGAUUUUUUUACAGUCACUCUGUCUCUUCGGUUCCAUGAUGUUGUUGUGACUUCUCGGGAAUUCACCUUUUAUGAUUGCACAGCAGUCAAACAGCUUGCGGGAAGCAUGCCCUGCCAUGGUUGUGUGCAGAGUCGCUGGGGAUGCAACUGGUGUGUAAACCAGCAUAUGUGUACCCACAAGGCUGUGUGCGAUAAGGGACUGAUAAUCUAUAAUGAACAUUGGAAAUCUCUGCCCACCCUACCUCCUGCAACCAAAGCCUCUAGAGUUGCAUUCACAACUGCACCAGUCACAACACACAAAGUCCCUGAAACCAUGGCUCAUACUAAACCUUCGACUACUGCCACGGCAAUAACUGAAACUAUAACUACUGUACUGGAAUCAUUAACCUCUUCUGCACCUCUGAAACCAACACCAUCAACUAGGAUUUCUUCCACUUUCAAGCCAUCUGCUACGCCUACAAGUGCCUUUCUUCCCUCUUCCACAGCUGAGACCACAGUACAGCCAGCCUCCACACUCUCUCUGCUAGACGAGAUCCUCUCAGAAAAAGAGCUUCUUGUUACAGAUAUUGAAUCAGUGGCUCUGAGGGAGACAGACACUGAUGUGGUUACUCUUGCAAGUUUGGCAGUGGUUGUAAAAACUGAGUUGCCAUCAGUCAUCGAAGCUGCUGAGGAGCAGAGGAUUUCACUGCCAUCAUCAUCGGCUGAAACCGAAUUGCCACCACUAAUGGAGCCAGUCACACAUGAUAGCUUGCUUACCAGCACCCCUCACAAUUUGGCAGAAACACUGAAUUUGAUAAAUGAAACCCAAACUACAGUUUUACCUUCAAAUCCAGAACCAAACAUGUUUGAUUCUGAAACCAGUGACUUUUUGCCUGUUUCUGAGAGAGUGUCACCUGCCAUGCCUUCAGAGAAUAGGAUAAUCACUGACCGUCAAGAGGCUCAUUUGGCUCCAGAGGAAGCUGAGGUGGAUCAGGCAGAGAACGACAACGCAACAUUUUCUGCAGCUACAGUCUUAUCAGGGGAUGGAGAAUCAGACAGUGAUCCCCCAGUAUACCUCCAUUUGCGAAGUACAGACAUAGAUGCUGAUUACCAGUAUGACUCAGCAGAUUUACCGGCUGAUGAAGGCACUUUUGUCAAUUUGGGGGCAUCUGCCUGCCCAUGUGUGGAGAAGAUUCAGGGAUCCUCUCUGCUUCCUGUCCUAACUCAGAGAAAAAUCUCUCUGCUGGCCCGCAACUUGCAUCUCUAUCAGGAUGAGCUGGCAUACGAGUGUGUAAUGGUGAUUGAGGGGCAAACUGUGGUGGUUGAUGCAGAUGUGAAGCUGAAUGAGGCACACACUUUGCUGUUUGACAUCACCUGUCAUGCUCACCAGUAUUUCUAUGCAGACCCUGUUAGAGAGUAUAAUGCUAUGGUGUAUGUGAAGAGAAAAGACACUUUUCAUAUUGACAGCACUGACCUUUAUGUGACGUUAUAUAACUGUUCAGUUGGGCACUUGGACUGUAGCCGCUGUCAUACUGCAGAUCAGAAGUACAAUUGUGUGUGGUGUGGAGCCAGUUGUGUUUACAGAGAGUCCUGUUCCCAGCACAUCGAAAUGACCUGUCCUGCUCCUCUCAUUCAUUUGGUGGAGCCUUUGUCAGGGUUGGUGGAAGGAGGCAUUACUUUAACUGUUUCUGGGUCUAACUUGGGACAGAAAGCUCAGGAUAUCCUUCAAUCUGUGACUGUUGCGGGUGUGCCCUGCACUGUUAUACCACAUCUAUAUGAAAUAUCCUCCAGAAUUCUAUGUACAACUACUGCAAGUGGAGAGGAGAAAUCUGGUCACAUCUCUGUGAAAGUGUCUGGUGGAGGCUUCGGCCUGUCAAGUCAGAGAUUCAGCUACCAGGACCCGAAGCUGAUAGAAGUUUCUCCUCAGAGAGGACCAAAGGCAGGAGGAACAACUCUGACAAUCACAGGCAGAAAACUUUUGACCGGUCGUGUUACUGAUAUUAGUGUCCUACUAGGGAAUGUGCCUUGUUCAUUAAUAUCAAGUGUUCAGGAGGAAACUAUCAAGUGUCUGACUGGUGCUAGUAACAGGACAGGAGAACACAGAGUGACUGUGCGGUAUGGAAACACUGAGCGACAUCUCCAUGGCAAUGGCUAUUACUAUACCCCUGACCCAAACAUUACACAUGCCAUACCCUCUAAGAGCUUUGUCGGUGGAGGGCGUGUAAUUAGCGUUUUCGGCCAGAACUUGGAUGUGGUCCAGAAGCCUCAGAUGCGAGUUACAGUGGUCCUCCCAGACUCCAUUUACCCCUUGAGUAGACGCAGACGAAGGAGAAAAAGGAGUGUAACAGAUGUGGAAAUGCAGGAAACAAACUGUACAGAAGACUGUUCUGUCAUACAGUUUGAGGAGGAUUGCGAGGUGAAAACCUCUUCUCUGUUGUUGUGUCGGACUCCUGGUGUAGAUGCUAAGGUAGUUGGUGGCCAUAUGCUGGUUGAGUUUCUGUUGGAUAAUUUGCGCUUUGACUUUAACUCUGUCAGCCAAUCACCUUUCAUCUAUGAACCAAACCCAGUUCUGCACCCACUGAACCAUCGUGAUCCCACAAAACCAUAUCGUUACAAACCUGGAUCAGUUAUAUCAGUGGAGGGUGAGAAUUUAGACUUGGCCAUCUUUAAAGAGGAAGUAGUAGCACUGAUUGGUGAAGGAGUUUGUACUGUUAAAACUUUGACACAUAAUCACCUUUAUUGUGAGCCUCCACCCCAGCAGCCCCCUCUUUCCCUUAGGCACGGGCGCAAGCGAGAGGGAGCUGAGGCCUUUCCAGAAUUUAUAGUUCAUAUGGGAAACUUGAACUUUUCACUGGGACAAGUGCAGUAUGAUUCUCCUAGUCACUCUAUCUUUCCACUGGUGGCGCAGAUUGGUGUUGGAGUGGUGGCUUCUCUUGUUGCUCUUAUUGUGCUUAUCAUCGUGUUUAUAUACAGGAGAAAGAGUAAACAGGCUCUGAGAGAUUAUAAGAAGGUUCAGAUCCAGUUGGAGAAUCUAGAGACCAGUGUGAGAGACCGUUGCAAAAAAGAGUUUACAGAUCUGAUGACUGAAAUGAUGGAUAUGACAAGUGAUCUGGUUGGAUCAGGGAUUCCUUUCUUGGAGUACCGCAUGUAUGCUGAACGCAUCUUUUUCCCUGGGCACCGCGAGUCGCCACUUUGCAGAGACCUGGAUGUGCAGGAGUGUCGACGGGCCACGGUGGAGCAAGGACUCAUUCAGUUAUCUAAUCUCCUAAACAGCAAACUCUUCCUCACAAAGUUUAUCCACACUCUUGAGAGCCAGAGGACAUUUUCACCUAGAGACAGAGGAUAUGUGGCCUCUUUGCUCACUGUGGCUCUUCACAGUAAACUAGAGUACUUCACUGACAUACUCAAAACACUGUUGAACGAUCUGGUGGAACAGUAUAUUGCCAAGAACCCAAAACUCAUGCUCCGGAGAACAGAGACGGUAGUUGAAAAGCUCCUGACAAACUGGAUAUCCAUCUGCCUCUAUGCUUUCUUAAGGCAUUCAGCUGGUGAGUCUCUGUACAUGCUCUUCAGAGCAAUUAAACACCAAGUGGAUAAAGGACCUGUGGAUGCAGUGACUGGCAAAGCCAAAUACACCUUAAAUGAUAACCGUUUGCUGAGAGAGGAUCUGGAAUACCGCACUCUGACAUUGAAUGUCUUGAUGCAAGGAAUAGGUGUGAAUGAGGCUCAGCCAGUUGCUGCCAAAGUUUUAGACUGUGACACUAUAACCCAGGUGAAGGAGAAGAUACUAGACCAGGUGUACAAGGGCACCUCAUACUCUCAUAGACCACAUGCUGACUCUGUGGACCUGGAAUGGCGGUCUGGUGUAGCAGGUCACCUAAUCCUCUCAGAUGAAGAUCUAACAUCUGUGGUUCAUGGCAACUGGAAACGCCUAAACACGCUCCAGCAUUAUAAGGUUCCAGAUGGAGCAAAUGUAGCUUUGGUGCUGCGCCAAAGCAAACAUAUUCACCAUGAUACCCAUGAUUACUUUGCAGGGGAGAAGACGCCCAUGCUAGAGGAUGCAGAUGAGGGAGGAGUGAGAUUGUGGCAUCUAGUGAAGGCCAGUGAGGAGCCAGAGUUACCCAAACACAGACGAGGCAGUUUAAAAGAACGAGAAAGAGCCAAGACAAUACCAGAGAUCUAUCUCACGCGGCUACUGUCAAUGAAGGGUACACUGCAGAAGUUUGUGGAUGAUCUGUUCACAGUUAUUCUAAGCACUAGUCAACCGGUUCCUCUGGCAAUCAAAUAUUUCUUUGACUUGCUUGAUGAUCAGGCAGUGCGCCAUGGCAUUUCAGACUCUGAAACUAUUCACAUCUGGAAAACUAACAGUUUGCCUCUGCGGUUCUGGAUCAACAUUGUAAAGAACCCUCAGUUCAUCUUCGAUGUGCAGGUGUCAGAUAAUGUGGACGCGGUUCUGUCAGUUAUUGCUCAAACAUUCAUGGACUCCUGCACUACCACAGAGCAUAAACUUGGAAGGGAUUCACCUAUUAAUAAGUUGCUGUAUGCCAGAGAUAUCCCUCGCUAUAAACAGAUGGUUGAACGAUAUUAUGCAGACAUCAAGCAGACCAUCUCUGCCAACGAUCAGGAGAUGAACUCUGCUCUUGCUGAGCUCUCCAGGAAUUACUCUGGAGAAUUAAAUUACCUGGUGGCCCUGCAUGAGCUCUAUAAGUACAUCAACAAAUACUACGACCAGAUUAUCACUGCCUUAGAGGAAGACACCACCGCACAGAAGAUGCAGCUUGGCUACCGGCUUCAACAGAUCGCUGCAGCUGUAGAAAAUAAAGUGACAGACUUGUGAUCAUGGACAAAGUAAAGUGAAAGUAAUAAGUGUGAAGACACUGAUGGGUGGCUAUAUGAACACAUGGUAAAGGUACUUUAGGUACAGUAUCAGUUGCAACGCUACCAUGUGAAGCAAGUAUACACAAAGAUCGUGUUCCGUUUAGCUGUAUUAAAUUGGACUCUACUAAUGAAGAUAAAUUAAGACCCACAGUGUAAUGUGAUGUGUUGGUUUAGAAGGGUGGAGCCUUUAACUUGAAUAUGGUCUUGGAUUUUUUUUUUUUAAAUAUAUGGAAUAUGGUUAUUCCCAUUUCAGUCCUUUUCAUUUUAAAAAGCCUGGAUGCCUUGUUGAGUUCAUGAAUACAUUAUACUCCCAGUGGAGGGAUUUUUUUCUGCAGGAUUAACAUGAAAACCACGUAUACAUGCUCAAACUCUUGCUUGGUCAUGGCCUUACAACAGAACACCAUUAGAUGUUCUGUACUCUGUCUACCUCCUCGCUUUGUAUCUACCAUUGUGUUUAUGUAACAAUUUCUUGUGGCUGUAGUAAUUUUGUAACAUUUGAAUGUGAUUCAGCAUUUGCAAAGUUGCUAAAACUGUCAAAGCAAAAACAUACCACGACUGACUGAAGUAAAAUGUUAUAGAACAUUUUCAGCUCAUUAGCAUAUUGUAAAUUGUCAUAAUGUUCAGUAAGUGUCACUGGAAAGUACAGUAUGAAAGAGUGUUUUGUUAACUUUUUUAAAUGUAUAAAUCUUGACUAGUAAGACCAAGUCUAGCAGACUUGUUACAUAUAGUGUCAUUGUUUCAACUAGUCAGGUCAAAUAAUGUUUAGCCAAUGUUUUUUUUUAUUUGGAUUAAUUUUAAUCUGCUGGUGUCUUUUUAAGCCUUUUUUUAAUUUGAGGUGCCAACAUAGGAUUUAAUGAAUUAAUAAUCUCUUACCACAUCCUCUAACAUUUCAUCAAUAUGGAAUUUUAAAGACUGACACUUUUAUGUAGGUACAUUUAAAGGAUAGAAAUCUCUAGCCUUCAUGUGAGAAAAUAUGAUCUGUAUUGUAUGUAAAGUUGUGCUCAAAUAUAUUAGUGCUGGUCCACUGUAUAGGUAAAUAGACCACUCACUUGCAAUUAAUUUCCUUUGAUCAAAGACUGUUCUCAAACACUGAAUUAUCACAAAAAUGUGAGUUAAAUAGAAAUUGUCAGAGAAAAGAUGUGACUGUGUCAUAUUUACUAAUAUUUUUAGUGUAGUACAAUGUAAAUAAUGACUGAAUUGUUACGUAGCUUCUUAGCAAAUUCAAAAAGAGUAAAUUAUUAUAAGACUUAUAAACUGUUCUUUAAAAGAGGUUUAACAAUCAGCUUACAAGUUUAAUGUUAAGCUGUUCUAUAGGUUUUUGGUUCUGAAUGUAUGUGAAUUAUGGGAAUACAAAUGAACGAUUACUUGAUACGGUGUCUUUUCCAUAACAUCACAUGAAAACUAAAGUGACUGUGUUGGGCGUUCAAGGUGAACUUGAUGGCAUCAGUUUAAUAAUUAGGAUAAAUAAAGUUUAAAUUUG